AUGGAGAUAGACUCGUCUCUUCCGAAUGGCACAGCAGAUUCGUCACGUCGGAAGUCAGGUCGCGUAUCGCGCGCGCCAGCAGUAUUUGCUGACGAAGAGCACGCCGGUAGUCUGCUACAGAAUGGUUCAGCGACCAAGCGAAAGCGCGUCAACCACGACGACAUCCAAGACUCAGAUGCCGACGAGUCCGACGAAGACAGUGACGAGUCUGAGCCUGCCGAAGAAGAGAUCAGGGCAAAAAGAAGAGAGCAGAAGAAACGCCCAGCUGCUGCGAAGCCUGCACCCAAACGAGCGAAGACUGCUGCCAAAUCGGGCGCAACAUUAGCCAUCCGGUCAGCCAAUGUACCCAGCAAACCAGCCAACAAGGCACAAAAGCUAUACGCCGAAGUCUUCGGAAAGGGUCAGACUGCAGAGGAUGUUGCCAAUCAAUGGAUCGCGACGAUAGCGGCAGACAGCGUUGCUGCGAUACGAGAUCUGGUCAACUUUGUCCUCAAGUGCGUCGAAUGUGAUGUUGAGAUCACCUCGGCCGACAUUGAGGAUAUCGACAAUGUGCCCGGCAAGCUCGGCGAUGUGCUGGAGGAACACUACAACGACAAAGCGGGUGCCGAGUACCCGCUCAUCUCAAAGGCGAAACAGUAUGUCGAGUUCAAGACCGUGCUCGUCGAGUUCUUCGAUGCACUCAUCAAGAGCCUGCACAUCUCCGGCAUACUGUAUGACCAACCAGAAGUCUACGACAACAUUCACGUCUGGGUCGGCACGAUGUCAGGUGCGAAAUACCGCCCUUUCAGACAUACAGCAACCGUGAUAUCCUUGUCAAUGAGCACUGCUUUAUGCAGCGUCGCAAGUGAGAUCCUGCAGAGCAUGGCCACUACGAAGACCCAACUGGAUGCUGAGCAGAAGAGCAAGAAAAAAGCUUCGAACAAAACUCGAAUCGCCUCGCUCCAGGAGAGCAUCAAGACAGACGAGAAGAGGCUUGAGCUCGUCGAUGCUUCCCUGCGCGACGCUUUUGACACAGUCUAUGUUCACAGAUAUCGAGAUGUCGACGAGAAGAUCCGCGUAGAGUGCGUCGCAGCACUGGGAGGCUGGAUCUCCAAGUAUCGCAAAAUGUUUUUGGAAGGACAAUAUCUGCGCUACCUUGGCUGGGUAAUGUCAGAUCCAAACUCACCUACGAGACUAGAAGUGAUACGACAGGUCAAGCAACUAUAUGGGAACAAGAGAAAUGUGACUGCACUGCGAGCUUUCACAGAUCGGUUCCGACCGCGGAUGGUCGAGAUGGGAGCACGAGAUGCCGACGUGGGUGUACGUGUCGAGAGUAUUGAGCUGCUGGACAGGCUACGGAAUUACGACCUUCUGGAGCCAGAGGAUAUCGACACGAUCGGCCGGCUGAUAUUUGACGCUGAGCCACGAGUCAGGAAGACUGUAGGCAAGUUUUUUGUGUCCAAUAUCGAGGACCUGUACAAAGACGCGACCGAGGACUGGGAUGAAGAGCAGUACAAUGACGCUCUGCCUUCAGCUGACGACGGCGACGAUCAGAUGGCACCGAACCAGAAUUGGAUCAAAUUCAAGUGCCUGGCUGAAACGCUCAAGGACUACGAUGCACGUUCCGAAUCCGCGAACAGCACAGAGAACAACGUGCGUACCCUUGCCAGCACAGAUAACGCAGAGUCGCGCUAUAUGCUGGCAACACAAGCGAUCUACACCCACAUGAAAGAACUCGAGGAGUGGGAAUCCUUAGCCGGCUAUCUCCUCUACGAUCACUCAUCGAUAACCGCAGAUCCUGAGAGUGACGAUGUGGCCACAGCAGUUCAGGGCAAGUACAAGCUCGCCAACAACGAAGAAACGAUUCUCCUCGAUGUCCUCUACUUCUCGGUCAAGAUGUACCUCAGCACCCUGCUCGAACUCGCAAAAGAUAAGAAAGGCAGAACCCACGCUGCCAAAGAUAACAUCAAAACCAAGCAAGAAACCGUGGCACACAACCUCUCUACCUUCAUCCCUCAAUUACUCUCUCGCUAUGGAAGCACAACCGACGCCGCGACCUCAAUACUGCGCCUGGAGCAACUCCUGGAUGCCGACCUGAUCAGCGACCUACAAGGUGGAGAGGCAACGUACUCAAAUCUGCUGGAGGACAUCAAUAAGCAGUUCAUGACGCAUUCGGACGUCAAAGUCCUCGCUGAAGCCUCGCGAGCUUUCAGAGCUGCCCGGAGCUUCGAGCAGAGCCAGGAAGCGACAGACACCAAAUCCGCGGAAUCUGGGAGGAGACAAUUGCCAAUAUGCAGGGCCUGCUACAAGCUGGUCAAUCUCUGCAUCCGAAUUAGUAAUCUCGCCGGCGUGGUCGACUGUACAGACAUCAUCGAGCAGAGCUUCGCCCCACCCAAAGCCGCAGCAGCAAAGAAAGGCAAGAAAGCUGCACCCGCGCCACCAGCGAUCGAAGGCACGCUGUUCGAUCUUCUCAUCAGACUGAUCGAGCGCGGCGACAAUUCCCACGCCAUGACAGGCCACGACCGCUUCGCUGCGGAAGAAGACCAGCUGUGCGCUGCUGUUGCUACGACGCUGAGCCUAUACUUCCGCUGGAAAGUUGUCGGGCUGAUUCGUGCGAUCGAGAACAAAGACGAACGCACCCUCACUGUUGCCAACUUAGUUGAUAUCGGCACAAAGCGCAAUAACUUCGUCGAGGUCCUCACGCCUAUCAUCACCAGUCGCUCACCGCUAGAUCAGUUGAGAGUUGCUGCAAUCCAUACUUUGCUGGACAUCUACACACUCUUCGCAACCCUCAAGCACCGGCAGCCAAAGGCAAGCAAAGGAGAGCUGGAUGAUGAGCCCGCGUUGACGAUCGCUGCACUCACGGUGCCGAUACCAGAUGAGCUGCUCACUGAGGUUAUGGCAACGCAUGAGCGGUUAGAGAAGAGCUUUGCAAGGAAGACGAGCAGAAAGAUUCUCGAGCACAAGAAUCCCAAGAGCCGGAGGGGCGGCAGUCGGGCUGGCACGACUGAUGUCGAUGGCGACGACGAUGAACGAGAAGCUACGCAAGCGGAGAUCGAGCGGCCGCCGGACGCCUCUGACGACGAAGAAGAGGACUCUGAUGCGGACUCCAGCUCCGGUGCCGAUGACGAAGACGCUGAGCCGUCCAUCCAGGAAGGCGGUGGCAAAGAAGCAAAGAAGCAACGUGCCCUCAUUGCCGAACAAAAGUUGUGCGAGGUGAGCAGUAAGAUCGUGCUCGCCUUGCUGGGCGGAGUCAUCGGAAACAAAGUGGCAGUGGGGGUCAAGGAGGCGAUACAGCUCAACCGCACAAAGCUAGGGAAGAGCUAUGCUGAGGUGGUCAAAUUCUUAGACGAGAAGAAGGACAAGAAGACUGCAGCUAAGGAUAAGUCCAAGUCUAAAGCUACGCAGCAGAAGUCGAGGGAGAAAGUCACGCCCGAGCCAAUGGAACUCGAAGAGGACGAGAUCGUCGACAUCGACGACGUGGAAGACGGCCAUGAUGCGCUACAACGAGAGAUUGUCGAGGAGGAAGAGGCUGAUCGGCUAGAGGAGGAGAUGCGUGAGAGGGAUGGCGAUGAUGGGGAUGAUGGGGAGGGGGAGGGAGAGGAUGAGGUUAUAGGUGACUGA